GCAGGUUUUUUAUUUUUAUUAUUAUUAUUUUAUCUUUUUUUGGGAGGAGGAACGGGGGUGCGUAUGACAGGAAGAUGUGGAUAUGGCAAGGAGAGGGGGAUAUGGAGAGGAGGAGGAGGAUGUGGACGAGGAGGACGAGGAGGAGGAGGAGUUGAGAUGGGGGAGGAGAAGAGAUGGACGGAGGGAAAAGAGGAAGGGCAGGAGGAGGACGAGUGGGAGGAGGAGGAGACAUGGACGACGAGGAAGGGUAGGACACGAGGAAGGGAAGGACACGAGGAAGGGAAGGAGACAGGGAGGCAUGGAAGAUGAGGAAGUACGAGGAGGAGGAGGAGGAGACAAGGAGGAUGAGGAAGGGCAGGAGGAGGAGGACGAACAGGAGGAGGAGGAGGAGGAGGAGACGAAAAGGAGAAGGGAGGAGGAGACAUGGAGGAUGAGGAAGGGGAGGAGGAGCAAGAAGUUCGGGGAAACGGACGAGGCCUAUCAGGCCCGGAUGCUGCUUCUGAUUACCGAAGCUAAGCAAACAUCGGAUGCAGUAGCAGCCGCAGCAAAGCAAAAGGCAGAGGACGCCGAGAAGGCACGUCUGUUGGCAAUCGAACAGCAGCGCCAGCACGACGAGGCAGCGGAUUGGCGGACCGAGGCCAAGAAUGGCAAGAUGGAAGAGAGUGGAAACAAGAUCGCUCUACUCCUCUCCCAUCUCACGGACCUCCUGGCAACAUGCAUUACACAGCAGGAGGACAUCCACAGCCUCGACGACGCGUUGGCUCAAGUCCACAGCCGCCUCCGGCAGCUGGAGCAGCGACCCGUUGCCGCCCCCAAUGCCAGUUCUUCCAACACCUCCGAUUGCCUCGAGGCAUUGGAGAUUGACGUCAGCUCCCUCAAGGAUGGCGUGGAGGACGAGGUGCCCACCGACCAGCAGCUUGUCUCACGCCGAGGAGCCCGUGCAACGGUGAUGAAGGAGGAGUUGAUGCAGGCGAGAGAGAGGAUGCGCGCCGUGUCCCGCAUGGGAGCCACUCGUCGAUUGUGGGAGUCUGACAGGAGGAGGCGUUCUGGCGGGGGUCGCGGAGGUGGUCAUUGGGGAGGUCGUGGGCGAGGCGGGCGUGAAGGUCCUGGUGGGAGGAGGACUAUCGCGGGUCGUCGAAUGACGGCGGACGAGCUUGUACGCAAGCCUCGACAGCGAUGGGACGAGGGAGACUUCUUGUAUGAGAGCUCGUUCAGUGACUGUGAGGAUUUCUUCGGGACUGGCGCGCCUGCACAGGACGACGACAACGAUGUCGGCGAUCGCCACCCGGACGUAGACGAUGACGAUGGCGUCAGAGGCGAUGAUCACGGUGAUGGAGGAGAUUGGCCACGACCCUGCUCAACACGCGGAGACCCGUUGUGCAUGGACUGGUUGCCCACAAACUUAGAAAAGAGUGUGGGGCUGAGGGCAAUGGAGGCAUCAAGGCGUCCCAUUGCUUAUGCAAGCCGGAGCUUUGCAGCGGUCCGGUCUGGAUUUGUGAGCCACUUCACCCUGUGCAUUGAGGAAAGUAUGCUCCCACCUCGCAGCGGGCAUGGAGUUCAGUCCGACGUACACCGGGAGGUGGUUGCUAUGCAGCAAUCGGACACACAUGGACCCAAUGCAGACGACACCGUAUUGCGGUCACCUCCUGCAUUGAUGGAGGGGACUGUUGUUGUGUGUCCAGGCGCUGAUCUCCCUGAAGGGGAGGUCUCACACACACCCGCACAUGAGAAGAGCGCCGCAGGCCAUGUCGGUCUCGCAUGCCCCACCGGCAGUCUUCCGGGUACCGGCGAGUUAUCGGCCAUGAACUCGGCACUCGUCUAUCUCCCGGACUUGUUGACUUUGAUAUCUCUUGGUCUACCCCACGUGUCACUGCCCAACCCACAUCAGCCUGUCGCUAUAGAGCGAGGGCCAGACGCGUUUGAUGAGUUUGGAGACGAUGCGAUUACGGUGUGCCCAAAGGCGUCUGCCACGCCCACUGUUUUUCGUGUUGGUAGACCUCACGAGGUAGACCUUGGUAAGGCUGAGACGACGGCACGACACCUCUGUGACAGUCACCGCAGCAUUGCACAACGUAAUUUGUCUGAUUCGUUCCAUGGCGCGGAGGAUGGUGGCUUUGCUGCACUCGGUGCAAUCGAAAGAGCAGCAAGACCUCCACGUCCACUGUCACACUCAGAGCAUCAGCCCAUCAACGCGGCUGUCGGCGCAGUUGUGGGCGUCCCCGCCACAGACAUCACCGACGCGACAAAACAGCCUGUGGUGGCGUCAUCGGCGACAGCAUGGCGUGACAAAGCCACUCUUUUGCCGACAGUGGCAUUCUAUACCAGCGGGACCACUAAGUACGAGGCCCGACAUGGGAGUGCUUUGUCGAUGAAGACAUCUGAUGUGCAGGCUACGAGGGCUGCGAAGGCGAGUAUUUCUCGGGCGAGGAAGAAGGCCUCGACAAGGAAGGCGUUACGUUCAUCGCCGCAUAUGCAUUCCCAUCUUAGGCGAUCCGGCCUUGUGCAUCUCGAGGACGGAGAGAUUGCACCCGACGGCGAUGCAUUGGAUGUUGGAGGGAGGGCUGCAAUGACGGCGGACGGCGUCGGCAAGGAGGGUGCAGGGGAUGCAGUGGUAGAGCAUGCCAACAGGAGAGCAAUGAGAGAGCAAGAACAGAUGGACGCUCAGAUGCUCAUCUUAAGACACAAGGAGGCUCUGCGAACCAUUCGACCGCGCAUCAACAAGAACGAGAUGAUAAAAGCUUUCCGAGAAAAGCAGCAAAUGCAUUUGCAACAUCACCUGACAGACGGCGGCACAGCAGGCCAUGCGACUAGGAUCUACCAUGCACGUGAUGGCACAGGGGGCAUCUCUGUGCCUUCUGCUGCUACUGCUGCUGCUGCUGUCUCGGCUCAUGUGAAGGGCCCAGAAACAUGCACCGGACCAGGCAGUGUGUCACUCUGGCCACAUCAACCACAGUGGCAGCGAGCGGAGGUAUUUGUGACCCGAAAGCCAGAGCGGUCUCAACAGCCACCCCAAAGUGAUCGGCAAGUCCCGAUGCAGAAAGGGAAAGCCUCUCCCACAGGAGAAUCGCCUCAGCCUCACGGUGAGACAUGUGCCGAAUAGAAUACCCUCCAAAUGGACAAUUAUGAUGUCACUGUACCAAGAAUUGGCACUUGCU